UAUCAGAUUUUGCAACAACAAUUGUUAAUUAAUAUAAAUUAUUGUGGGAAUAUAAAUUUUGUUGAAUAUAAUACUGCUUCAGAAAACACAGUUAUUCAAUUAUGUAAACAAUUUUUACAAGCAUCAUUAUGUUCAGUUAUAAAAAAUGGCAUAGGUAUAACAGAUUUAAGAUUGCAUAAGGUAACAAAAAUAAGUAGUAAAGAAAUUGACUUAUUAAAUAUUACUAAAAAUAAAAGUUUACAAUCGGAUGAAUGCAAUAUGAUUUUAAGAAUUUUAGCUAUACCUGGAAUAACAGAUAUUCAAAAAUGGCCUUUUAGCUUUCUUCAAAAUGACUUAUUUAGUAAAGAAGAAAUAACAGUAACUAAUUGUUUGGCAGCUGCAGAUUGUAAUUGGUUAAAUAAAGUAUUUCCUAAAAAGAAAAAUAACAAUGCUUUAAGUUUUUACAAUAUUUAUGAAAAAAGUCGUGUUUGUGUGCUCAUACAAACACCAAUUUCUAAUUCUAUUGAAAAGUAAUAACUAU